UGUAUUACUGCACACUAUUCUAGCCAAGCUCCGAGCAGUCACCAUGCCUCCUUCUGGUAUCACUGUGCGUCUUCAGAAGGAGGAAAACUCCUCUGCUAGGCAUAAUGUCAGUCCAUAUCUGGGGCAGGACUAUCAUAGACUUGUCCAGGAAUGUCUGAAGCAAAGGCAACUGUUUGAGGAUCCCCACUUCCCUGCCAAGUCCAAAUCAUUGGGGUACAAUGAGCUGGGACCCUUUUCUGAAAAUACUAAAGGAAUUCAGUGGAGGCGACCACAGGAGAUCUGCCAGUCCCCCCAGUUCAUCUGUGAGGACAUGAAAUGGACAGAUGUGUGCCAGGGAGAGCUUGGUAACUGCUGGUUUCUUGCUGCUGCAGCUUCCUUGACCCAGUAUCCAUUACUAAAGGAGCGAGUUGUUCCCCCCCAGCAGAGUUUUAAGUCUGGAUAUGCUGGAAUCUUCCAUUUCCAAUUCUGGCAGUAUGGAGAAUGGGUGGACGUGGUGGUUGAUGACAGAUUGCCAGUGAAGGAAGGAGAGUUGGUCUUUGUCAGCUCUGCACAGAAAAGUGAAUUUUGGGCUGCUCUUCUUGAAAAAGCGUAUGCAAAGUUAAAUGGAUCCUAUGAAGCACUGAAUGGGGGAUUUAUGAAUGAGGCAUUUGUGGAUUUUACUGGUGGCUUAGGUGAGACUGUGAAACUCAAAGAGACUCCACCAAAUCUUUUCCAUCUGCUCCAGAAGGCAGUGAAGAAGAAAUCACUUAUGGGAGCUUUCAUCCAGCCUCAGAGUCAGUCACAGAUUGAAAAUCAGACUCCAGAGGGACUGCUAACAGGACACGCUUACUCUAUCAUAGCAACUUGGGAGAUGAAAAAUAAUGGUAAGAAAAUUCCCCUUCUGCGCCUGAGAAACCCAUGGGGUAGAGUGGAGUGGAAUGGUCACUGGAGUGAUGACUCCACCUUGUGGUCACAGGUAGACCCUGAAAUCCGAAAAAAAUUGCAGGUCAGAGGAGAAGAUGGAGAAUUCUGGAUGCAGAUGGAGGACUUUCUGCGCUUUUUCGAUAUCCUGGAGGUAUGUAACCUUACGCCAGAGUCAGUGACAGACAAACAUGCUCAGUUGUGGAAAACAAACACCUUCUGUGGGAGAUGGCUAGGACACAGUGCUGGAGGGUGCCGAACAUAUAAAGAUACUUUCUGGACCAACCCACAGUUCUUGGUGACUCUGACAGAACAGGAUGAAGAAAAACAUGGCAUGUGUACACUGUUGGUCUCACUCAUGCAGAAGAACAGACGCCAGUGCAGAUCUAUAGGACAGGACUUCCUGUCUGUAGGAUUUGAGAUCUACCAGGUUCCAAAAGAGUUUGACAAUAAGAUGUGUGCAUCAGAGAGGAAAAACUUAUUCUCCUCACUUGUGUCUGUUGCUUCGUGUUCAUUCAUGGAUGAGCGAGAUGUUACUGGGCGGUACCAGCUGCCGCCUGGAAGAUACCUGCUAAUUCCUAGCACAUUCCAACCCCACCAGGAAUCCGACUUUAUCAUGCGGAUCUUUACAGAGAAGCAGCACACAUUCAUAGAAAUUGAUUGUGAGAUUAGAGCAAAUGGGAAUGUGUUUAAGGAAAAUGCACUCAAAGACACCAUGGAGGAAUUUUCAGCUCAAUUUGCACGUCUGUCUGGGGAGGACCAGGAAAUCAGCCCUGAAGAAUUACAGAGGAUUUUGAUACAAAUAACAUCCAAAAACACCCAUCUUAAGACAAAUGGAUUUUCCCUGGAUAUCUGCAGAAAGUUGGUGAAAAUGGUAGAUCUAAACUGCAAUGGGAAGCUGCAGCUAGAGGAGUUUAGGAAAUUGUGGAGCAAAAUCAAGGAGUGGGAGAAAAUAUUCACAAAUUAUGAUAAAGACAGGUCAGGAACUAUGGAUGUUCAGGAGUUGUGUCUAGCACUGGAAGCAGCUGGCUUUACCCUUAACAACCAGCUGGUAGAAUCUCUGUGCCAGAAAUAUGGUAACAAUGUUAGACAGGUGUACUUCGAUAGUUUUCUUUCCUGCUUGGCAUAUCUCGUCUGUGUUUUUGAGCAAUGUCGGAUUAUGGAUAAAAACAAAGAUGGUGUCAUCUGUAUCAGCAAGGAGGAGUGGUUACAGCUCUUACGUUUUGAAUGAAACAAACUAUGCCUAUAAAAUGAUAAAACACUGGAAAAUCGUAUGCAAAUAUGUGCAGCACUGAAGCCUUCCUGAAGAGACAAUGCAGCAUCAUUAGGUUAAUCGUCGUGGACUUUUUUUUUAAAAAAAAACUAAUUUGUUUUGUAAUUGUGUAAUUGUCCUUUCAAUAUCACUUUAUAUUCCCCCAGCAUUCACAGGGAAUCUUUGUGCUGCUGACUAACAAUAAAUCAUUUACUCUGUUUAA